AUGUUCAAACGAAUUCUAGCUAGACCCCCAGCCGGGCUUCCGAGGCCCCUUGCAUUCUACUCGGCCGCGAGACUCCGUGGCCUCCGGUGGCAGAGCUCGGCCAACGUGCUAGCAGGUGAUGGCGCUGGACCGCUGGUAACACCGACGCGAGUCGUCAACGGGGACCCGUCCCUACGCCUCAAUAUUACCCAGCGCGCAGCGCAACGCCUAGGCGAGAUAUAUAGAAGUAGCGGGGAGGUGCUGCGGGUGGGCGUAGAGUCGGGGGGAUGCCAUGGUUUCCAGUACAACCUGGCGCUGCAGCCACGGCCGGAGUCGCAGCCGAGUGGCGCCGACGCCUCCGAGUUUGACGAGUUCGAAGACCGCAAGGACAUCGUGUACGUGCUGCCGGAGGAGCAGGGCGAAGUCGUCAUCGACCACGCAUCCCACGAGAUCCUCAACAACACGACGCUGACGUAUACGACAGAGCUGAUCGGCUCGACCUUCCGGAUCAUCGGGGGCAAGAUGACCAGCAGCUGCGGCUGCGGCAGCAGCUUCGACUUCGAUGGCCAGAGCUGA